CAAAGAACAAGAACAAGAAGACUGACGGUCCAAACAAAAAUGUGAUUACAGCUUUCUUACAAACAUGUCUCUGGGAACCAAAGUUCACGGAUUCUGCGGAGCCAUCAUCCCCCGCGUUUCAGGUUCUUCAUUUUCGACGAGAAAUUCUUCUACACUGACCUCGAGAUGCUCAAAACCAUUCGUCAAUGGCUGCUCUCUCCUCCCGAGCUCGCGCCACACGACCACAGAGGAAGUACCCUUCUCGCUCUACAAUCGCUGGAUCCGCCAUUGUUGCCGAACAGGUCGAAUCGACGAGGCUAUGUCUCUGGUCGCCGAGAUGGACUCUCUCGGGUCACGACCCGAUUCCCUUACAUACGUUUGCUUGAUCGAAACCCUCGCUGGUCUCGGCAGGACACUCGAAGCGGAUGCUCUGUUUCAAGAAGCGGUUCGAUUCGGACCCCAUGGGAGCAAUACGAGGUUGAAGGUGAGGUUGUACAAUGUAUUGCUCAAAGGGUGUUUGAGAAAAGGCCAGUUAGAGCUUGCUGUUAGGGUUUUGGGUAAUAUGGAGGAGGAAAAUAUUGGGAAGAAUCAGGAAACUUAUGAGAUUCUACUGGAUUAUUACGUUAGUUCUGGGAGAUUGGAGGAUUACUGGCGUGUGGUUAAUGAGAUGAAGAAGAAAAAGUUUCAGUUGAGUUCCUUUGUUUAUGGGAAGAUCAUAGGGAUAUAUAGAGACAACGGGAUGUGGAAGAAGGCAUUAGAGAUUGUAGAAGAGGUUAGAGAGAUGGGUUUAGCCAUGGAUGUGCAUAUAUACAACAGCAUUAUCGAUGCAUUUGGUAAAUACGGAGAGUUAGACGAAGCUUUGCAAGUUCUAGAUAAAAUGCAGGCCUCCAGUGAUGCGAAACCGAAUAUCGGCACAUGGAAUUCGUUGAUACGUUGGCAUUGUCAUCAUGGUGCGCUUGAAAUGGCCAUUGAGUUGUUUACAAUGAUGCAAGAUCAGGGGCUUUAUCCUGACCCUAAGAUAUUUGUGAAUCUUAUUACCCGGUUGGGAGAGAAAGGGAAAUGGGAUUUGAUACAGAAAAUUUACGAAGCUAUAAAAUGUAGAGGACAUAAAGAUACAGGAGCUAUUUACGCGGCUUUAGUUGACGUUAUUGGACAGUAUGGUAGAUUUCAUGAUGUUAAGGGGCUUGUAGACAAGCUCAAGUCGGAAGGUCUUGCCCCUUCGGCUGGCCUGUUUUGUGCUUUGGCAAAUGCUUAUGCUCAGCAGGGACUAUGUGAACAGACAGUUAAGGUGCUCGAGACUAUGGAGAACGAGGGGAUCGAACCAAAUUUAAUCAUGCUGAAUGUGUUGAUUAAUGCAUUUGGAACCGCUGGGAGGCACAUGGAAGCUCUGUCAAUUUACCACCAUAUUAAAGAAAGUGGUUUCACCCCUGAUGUAGUGACCUAUAGCACGCUUAUGAAAGCAUUCAUUCGAGCAAAGAAGUAUGAAAAGGUGCCAGAAAUAUUCAGGGAAAUGGAAGCAUCUGGAUGUACUGCAGAUAGGAAAGCCAGACAAUUGCUGCAAAGUGCUUUGAUGAUUCUUGACAAAAGGCAUUAACUGUUUGCUUGUCCGUUUCAGCUGCUGUAGCUCGGGUUCUCGGUCAUGUAGGCAACAACAAGACAGCUGAUGUCUCUGAGCAUCUGUUGGGAAGAACAACAUAAAGAAAGCUGCUUGGAUGGUUCAAGAGAAGAGCAUUCUAGUGGAAGUAAUGGAAAUGUUGAUUGAAAGCAAUGGAGAUACAGAAUCUACGAGUGAAGUGGGACUGGUGAUUCAAUUGGAUCACCAACAAAAUGGGAACAUAAUGAUGUUGCUUCUUCUUCAUAUAUUCCUUAAAGGCUACCAAUCCAAUUUAUAAUGAUACA